AUGCUAACAGCUUCAGCUUUCAUUGAGAGUUUCGGGGAGGAACUCAAGAAGCGCGGAUUGUCCAUUGAUCACCUCGGCAUCAACCCUUGCACUUGGCUUGCUACCAUGUCGCUCCCCUCCAAUGAUGAAAAGGCCGCCAAUACCGCUGAUGCUGCCGCUGCCACCGAAGGUGUCUUGAGCCUCCCCUUUGAGGUGUUUGGCGAGAUCGGUAUUCAUCUCAGCGUCACGGACCUCAACGAGAUGCGUCUUGUCAACAAGCGCAUGAAGGAGGCUGUGGCAUUCCCAUACGGUAAGAAGAUUUUUGUUACUGAGAACAUCGUUAUCUUUCCUACGUUUGCAAGCGUUUCAGCGUUCUUGGUUGGGCUUGGGUUGGAUGGUGCGUAUCCUGGGACGGUUCGAACAAUCACCUUGGUUGGCGAGGGACCGACAACCCCGGAGCUCGGCUACAACUACUCUUGGGAAAAUCUCCACAUUCUCAAGUUCCCCGGCAUGCCAGAGCCGACCGAAGACCAGUUGUAUGAGGAUGAAGAGAUCUUGGAGUUCGCCAAUGAUGAGCACAAACACUGGAGCCGGGUCAACGAGUCAUUCUGUCACACUGGCGCAUACCGUACCAUGCUCAGCCUUGUACUCGCCAAGCUUCCCAACUUGAGGACGAUUCAGGUUCGCAAGCUGUACCCCGGCGAGCACAUCCCUGGUUGGGCCGGGCCGGAGGCUUUGUCGAAGAUGUCGUCGUACCAUCCAUGGACUCCAGUCAACGAGAUAUACUAUGGUGAUUGGAAGUACGACGAGGUACACAAGCGUGUCACGAUGUGGAUAGACGAGUAUGGUGAAGAGAUGGAGGAGGACGAUGCCGGCCCUCAGGCGGGCUUCGAAGAGGAUCUGUUCGCUGCUAUGGCGAUGUCUGGCACUCAUGCUCAGGUCUUCGAGAUGCAUAAAGAGUUGGUCUGA